UCACUGCUCUGCAGGAAGGCGGCAGGAGGGACGCAGUUAGCGGUCGGACCCGGCGCGCGUGUAAACAGCGGCUCUGUUUGCGCUCGGGUGCGAAGUCCGAGGUCCGAAGUGCGACGAGACGGUUCAUCGCAACCGCAACCGCAACAUGGCCCAGUACAGUCGCGUGCGCGGAUCCGUCGCACUGCUUCGGCUGACGAACCCGCCCGUGAACGCGCUCAGCGCUGCUGUGAGCCGAGACCUGGAGCGCGCCGUCCGCAGCGCGUGCGCCGACUCCGCCGUGAGGGUCCUCGUGCUGCGCGGCCACGGCGGCACCUUCUGCGGCGGUGCGGACAUACGGGAGCUCGCGGGCCUCGUGGACGUGCCGUUCCGAGUGGGCGUGUCGAGCCUCGUGGCCCUCGUGGACGCCGUGGAGGCCGCAGAGAAGCCGGUGGUGGCGGCCAUCGAGGGCGUGGCGCUGGGGGGCGGCCUGGAGCUGGCGCUCGGCUGUCACUUCCGCAUCGCCCACGGCCAGGCUCGGCUCGGGCUGCCCGAGGUCACGCUGGGGCUGCUUCCGGCGGCGGGGGGGACGCAGCGCCUGCCCCGCCUCGUCGGCUUCCCCGCCGCCCUGGAGCUCGUCGCCACAGGACGCGACGUGUCGGCGGAGGAGGCCUUGGCGCUCGGCCUCGUGGAUCACGUGACCGACGGGGACGUGGAAGAAGCGGCUGUGGAGUUUGCUCGGCGGGUGGCAGACGAACCGCUGGCUUCGCGGCGCCUGAGCACACGCCCACCCCCCCGCCCUGCGGACCUGGAUACUCUCCUGCAGGUGGCGCUAGAGAGGGCGCAGCGGAGAGCGCGGGGAGCCCUGGCCCCGGUGGCGUGUGUGCAGGCGGUACGUGCCGCCGCCACCCUCCCCUUCACCCAGGGGCUGCAGCUGGAGCAGGAGCUCAUGGCCGCGCUGCUCCCAUCCAAUCAGGCGCGUGCCAUGCAGUACUGCUUCUUCGCCCAGAGGAUUGUGGGAAAGUGGAGCCUGCCGGGCGGAGCCAACUGGAGAAACAGCCCGGCCAGAGCCGUGAGCAGGGCCGCCGUCAUAGGUCUCGGCACCAUGGGGAGGGGCAUCGCCGUGUCGCUCGUGCGGGCGGGCAUCCCUGUUGUUGCCAUGGAGACGGAUGAAAAGCAGCUGCGGGUGGUGACGGCCAUGCUGGAGAGGGAGGCUGCGAAGCAGAGGCGGAGCCCAGACUCAUACCUGCAGCUGGUGCAGUUCACGCUGGAGCGGCGCGACCUGGGGGAUGCCGACCUGGUCGUCGAGGCCGUGUUCGAGGACCUCGCGCUGAAGAAGCGGCUCUUCGCCGAACUCUCGUCCUCCUGCCGGCCGGACACUCUGCUCUGCUCCAACACCUCUGCGCUGGAUGUGGAUGCGCUCGCUGCCGCCACCCGCAGGCCAGAGCUGGUGGUGGGGAUGCACUUCUUCGCUCCGGCACACGUGAUGAAGCUGCUCGAGGUCGUGUGCGGCGCCCGCUCGUCCCCGGUGGCCGUGGCGACGGCCAUGCAGCUGGGAAAACGCCUCGGCAAGGUGAGCGUCGCCGUGGCCAACUGCCCCGGGUUCGCGGGGAACCGCAUGCUCAAGCCCUAUGUGGAGCAGGCCAGCUUCCUGCUGGAGGAGGGCGCCACCCCUCAGCAGGUGGACGCCGUCCUUGAGGACUUUGGCUUCGCCAUGGGAGUCUUCCGCAUGUCCGACCUGUCGGGCCUCGAUGUGGGCUGGAGGGUGCGCGAGGAGGCGGGGCUCGCGGGCCCCACGGUGCCUCCCGGGGAGUCGGCGCGCCGACGCCACGGCUGCAGGUACAGCCCCCUGGCCGACCUCCUGUGCGAGCACGGCCGCCUGGGCCAGAAGACGGGCCGCGGCUGGUACCUGUACGAGGGCCCCGGAGGCAGGGCGGCCACGCCGGACCCCUGGCUGCACGACUUCCUGGACCAGUACCGGAGGCGGCACGGCCUGCGCCCGCGGCGCAUCGACCAGCAGGAGGUGCUGGAGCGCUGCCUGUACGCGCUCGCUAACGAGGGCUUCCGCAUCUUGGAGGAGGGCGUCGCCGCGGGACCGGAGGACAUCGACACCAUCUACGUGCUGGGCUACGGCUGGCCCGCUCACAGGGGGGGGCCCAUGUACCACGUGGCUGCGGUCGGCCUCCCUGCGGUCCUGUCCCGCCUCGAGCACUUCCGGCGGCUCCACCCCGACGUCCCCCAGCUGCGGCCCAGCGCCCUGCUGCGCCACCUGGUGGCUGAAGGAAGCCCCCCGAUCAGCCGGUGGAGGGAGUUGCUGAAGGGGCUGCGCAGUCAGCUGUGAGGAGCCUUUGGGGAGCACUGUGUUCGUGACUUGUUUGGUGGAAAAAUAAGAAAAGUAAAGUUGACGGUAAAUGGCGACGCUGCGUUUGUCUUUCUUGUCGUUUCUGCAGCAGCAGGUUCUCUUUGAAUGGGUGGGAAGUUACCCUGGCUGCACACUGAAAGCGUAGUAAAAGCACAGGGCUGCUGGCAGCUCACAGAAUCAUAUCCCUCUCUCUCUCUCACACACAGAGAGAGUAUGGCACUACUAGGACCUGCUGUGCUGCCAUUGUCGACUUUGUCCUAAAUUACUUCAGGUUGCAGGAAUCUCUAGCAUCUCGUCUCCCACUGGACUGGAUAUUAGACCAACGCAAAUGUUGACGUGAACGGCCCUAAGAUGGUUUGAGUCCUGCCUAUUUGACAGAUCUUAUCAAGUGGUCUGGCGGAGCUCUC